AUGUCGAGUAAAAAGAGUCGUGAUUCAAGUAAAACCAAACAUUCAAGCAAAGGUGAUAAUCGAGAAGAAAAACAUGGACGAAGUUCAAAAGAUUAUCGAUCAACAGCUGAUGAUCAAGAAGGAUCAUCAUCACGUCAUCGAGAUAAAUCCGAAUCACAUCGACCAAAAUCUAAACACAGUAGUAAAACAAAUAAUCUUGAUCAGGAUGCUAUAGCAUUAGCUGAAGAAGAAGAACGUCGACGACGUAAAAAACAACAACGUAAACAACUUGAAGAAGAAGAAAGACUAAAACGUGAAGAAGAAGAAAGAUUAAAACGUGAACAAGAAGAAUAUGAAGAAGAACGACGUCGACGAAAAGAAAAAAAUCGAGAUUUAGAAAAUGGUGAUAGUCGAAAACAUAAAUCAUCUCGAAUUAAAUCUCCAACAUUAGAUUCACCACCACCACCAUCUACCAAACAUAAAAGUAAACCCAUCGAAAAAGAUGAUAAUUAUAGUGAUGAUUUCGAACAGAAUUAUGAUGAUGAUUUUGAUGAUGAACCUAUUCCACCACCGGUAAAAUCACCUUCAACAAGAACUUAUCCUUCAUCUAGUGCUAAUGAUGAUACACAAGUUUAUACAAGUUCACGUCGUUUUCAUUCUCAUGAUUUGUCUGAUCGUAUUCGACGUCGUUAUAAAGAUUUAUCUCGUUUAAUUGAACUUGAUCGUCAAUCAUUUAAUAUUCUUGAUAUGGCACCAAUGCCAGCUCAUGCUGCUUAUAUACGUGAUAUUGGUUUAAAUAAUAAAAAAAAUCAAUUAUCAAAUAACAUUGAUAGUGAUACUAGUUGGACAUCAAAUGUUAAAAUUCAAACAAAUGAUGAUGCUGAACAUGUUCAAUCCCAAACAGAUGAAAUUGAUAUACGAUCAAUGUGGACACAACAUCCUAGUGACAGUGAACAUACAGCAUGUGGUAGUGGAAAUACAAGUGAUGAAAAUCAAUUUUCAGAUGUAAAUAAAACACGUGAGAAUGAAGAAUUAUUACGUAUGCUCCGAUUAGAAACCGAUCUUGGACGAUAUCAAACAUUUGUUAUUAAUGCUGGAAAACUUAUAUUUGCAUUACUUGAUGAAGAACAAACAAGUAAUACUAAAUCAAAAUCAAAACGAUCAAAAGAUAAUGAUGAACAAGAUGGAAUGCAACGUGAAUCUGAUCUGAAUUUUUCAUCUGGAGUUACUAUUCUUCCAGGUCUUUCAUUUAAAUCAGAAGUAUCGAUUGUUGCUGUUUGCUUUUGUCAAGAUAAACCUGAACAAGUAGCUGUGUUUUAUGAACCAAUGUAUACAACAAGUUAUGGUGCAAUUUAUAGUGUACGAGAUCCUGAAAAACCGUUGAGAUUAUUAAGUUGUGAAGCAUCAAUUCGAUGUUGUUCUUCGUCUUUGGCUUAUUUAUUUGCUGGAUGUAAUGAUGGAUCAGUAGUUUUAUUUGAUACAAGUGAACCAAAUAAAUAUAAACCUGGUUCACAAAGUCCAAUUCCAAGUAGUCCAACAUUUUCUACAGCAAAUAUACAAUUUAAUGAUCGUCAUUAUAAUGAAGUCAUUCGAGUAUUACCGCUGCGAACAACAAAUAUGACAAAUAAAGUUGAUCGAUCAACGAAUUCAUUUUCUUUGGCUUCGCUCGAUCGAGAUGGUCUUAUUAUUAUUUGGUCGGUUGUUGAAUUAAUGCAAUCAGAUGAAGCUGGAUCCAUUGCUGAUUUAGGUCUUAAACCAGGUGGAAGAGUUCGUAUGACACAAACUUCAUCCAUUCAAAUUAAGCAAUCGAUACAUAUGGCUAGAGAUUCAAUUCAAGCCUAUGAUCUAUCAUGUCCAAUAAGUGAUGUUGACAAUCUUUAUGUAGCCAGUAAUGCUAAUGCUGUUUAUCAUAUGACACGAUAUGGAGAAAUGGGUUCACCAUCAAAACUUCGAAUAUCAUCUGAUAUAGAAUCGCAAAUCGAAGUAACUUGCUUAGCAUUUAAUCCUAUUAUAAACAAACUACUUCUUGUUGGAACUGGUCAUGGUCAAUUGAAUUUAUAUACCACAGGGCGAGAUGAACCAAUUCUAAUUUGGCCACAAGCAUUUCGUUCAUCAUCCAUUGUUCUUAGUUGCAACUGGUCAGCCGGUCGAGCAAGUGUAUUUUUUGCACAUGAUUCUCAAGGUUAUAUUAAAUAUUGGGAUUUAACCAAAGAUCCAUAUCAACCAUUAGGACAUGUUAAAAUUGAAAAUCUUAGUCAUUUUGUUCUAUCAACAAGUGAUCAAUAUGAAACAGCCUUUGCACUUGUUAUUAAACAACAAUCAUCACAAAUUGAAAUUCAUCAAUUGAAACGAACAUUUGCAACACAUUCAGACACAUUCAUAGACAAUUUUAAAAGCAUUCUUAAAGAGAUUAUGACAAAUGCAUAA